AUGUCUGACCCACAACCAUCUCCUUUGUUCUUUCAAAAUUUUCUCAAAAAAGUACUUGAGUUGUUAACUAAGUCAACUGUUUCGUUACAAAUUAACAUUGAGGAUUACUACCAUUAUUUAUCUACACAAAUUCCAAUUCUUCGUUGGGUUGAAUUAGAAUAUUGUAUUAAAUAUCCUUUGAAAAUUCUUCAAAUAGAUCAACAACAUAUGCCAUUGUUUCAAUUUCCCAGAAUGGGUGAAUGUAAAGCGUAUAUCUCUUUUAUUGAUAAAUUGCCAGAGUCACAAAGGACUUUAUUAAUAAAAAAGAUAUCUCAAUUACCGAUGUCAAUUCAUGUCCCUGCGUUAGUGGUUGUUGGAAAUGAAGUAAUUCCUGAUUCAAUCUCUUGGAAAACACUUUGUGAAACAAUUUCGGUUUAUGAACUUCCAACACAAAAUUGUAAAACAAUCAUAUCUCAUCUUCGCAAGUUCAUCGAAGGAAAUAUACCACCCAUUACUGGUCCAGUGACAUUAACACAGGCAUUAAUUCAACAAGGUGUUGAACCGAAAAGUGCUAUUUGGGAGCUUUUUAAACAAAAUUCGACUAAAGCCCAAAUUUCUUUAGAAAAAAGUAUCAAAUUUCCUGAAUGUAAAAAUCCUUCCGAGCAACAAGAUAGGUCUGAAACUGUUGAAAGAUCUGUAGAAACACCAAAUAGGUUUGACAAUGGGUUUACUGCACAAAGACCUGACUUUCCUACAAAAGAAAAAACACAAAGAGAGUCACAAAGAGAAAUAAGAGAUGUAAUUCGAGAAGCAAUUAACUCAAGAGAAGUACAAAAAGAAUCAAUACCACAAGAAAGGUUAACUGUUAGAGAACCAUUCCAACAAAGAAAUUUAGUUGAUAUUCAAAAACAAUCAGUUCAACAACAUAGACCUGAAGUAUUUACUGAAUAUCAAACAAAUGGACAUAGGAGAGAUUCUAUACCAUAUAAUAAUUCUUACACAAAUGAACCUCUUCCUUUUCUCAGAAGAGAUAGUUUUGGUCAAUAUCCAACCCAAAGAACUUUUAGAAGCUCAAGUGGUUAUACUCAGAAUAAACCAGUAGAUGUUAAUACUUCUAUGGAACACUUUGACCCAUUACUUAAUGUAAAGAAAAGAGAUCUUCAAGCCAAUGAAACUGGGCAACUAACACCAUUGGAUUAUGAUAAUGUUAUUGAUGUGUUAAAUGAACAACCAAAACUGAAUUUACUAUUUGACUGA